AUCAACAGCCUCACAGAAGAGAGAGGCCAGAUCUUGACCAACACUACUAACCUGAGCGAUGAGAGAGAAUGGCUACAAACUAACAACAGCAACCAUAUUCAAUUAAACAAACAGUUAAAUCAAGAGAAAAAUGAACCGUUUGAGUGUUUUAAUGGAAUGGAUGGAUGGUUAUACUAUAAAUGUAGUUUUUACUACUUUUCCUCUGAGAUGAAGAGCUGGACUGAGAGCAGAAGAUACUGUACAGAGAGAGGAGCAGAUCUGGUCAUCAUAAACAACACAGAGAAACAAAAAACUGUUGAUAAAAUGCAAGAUGGCAAGACUGGAUUCUGGAUUGGUCUGACUGACAGUGAAGAAGAGGGCAACUGGAAAUGGGUUGAUGGCAGCACACUGACCUCUGGGUUCUGGGGGUUUGGACAGCCCGGUGGAAAAACAUAUGAGAAUUGUGCUGUGUCUUAUUCAUCAGGGUUUCAUGACUGUCCAUGUAACGACAAAUUCAAAUGGAUCU